AUGAAAGUACCAUUACAAUGGUUGAAAAUGUCUGUGUGGACUACUGUCGUGAUCUUAUCUAUAAGUCUCUGUUUAGUGUAUACUUUAUCGAAUAGUCCGUACUCGAUCUCAUUAGGGUUUACAAGAGAACCAUGUAUAUAUUCAUGGCAUAAUAUCCUGACAAUCGAACCAUUGAAUGAAUUACAAAUGUAUGUUGCGCCAUGGUGUGCUUCGACCAAAUCUAUAUGGAUUACUCUAUGGAAUGAGAUACAUAAAUGGUUAGAGGCAGUCCUAUGUAAGAUGGAUUGUUGGUGUAAGAGGAAUCAUCAUUGUACGAAAUUACAUUUAAAAUUGGGACCUAUCUCUAAGUUGUUUCAAUGGUUUCAAUUCUGUAUACAGGAUUUGACUUCUAAAUUGGUAGGUACUAAUGAAAAUAUUGAUUGGAUGACAGCAAAUGGUACUUUUACUGUAAAGAGUGAUACUGUCAUGGAUGAUGAUGAUGAUGAAGAAGAAGAAGGUACAAAUGGGCCAAAAUGGUUAGAUCUAUCUGUGAUGGACGAUGACCAAGAUAAUCUGGAUGAUAUAGAAUUAGAACUGACACGAGAGGUGAAUGUCACUAGAGAGAAACAUGUAAUAGCGACGUUGCCAUCCGAAAUAGUCAGUCAGUUGUUAUUAUCUGAUGAUAUGAUACCUUCAAAUCAAACCGACCUUGUUCAGAGAGAAUUCAAAGCUUGGUCCAGGGCUAUUACAACUAAAUUACAUGCUACUAUUACAAACUUGCAUAAGGAUAACGAUUUUUUAAUCAAUGACACCACGCAUAAUUAUAACAUUUCAUAUACAGCUGAUUAUGAAAUAUUAUUCCAAGAUAUCGAUACUCAAUUGUCACAAUUACGAAAAAAUAUAGAUCACAUCGAUACAUCUGCUACUCUUGAUCCCGAGACAAAUGAAAUAGUGUAUCUAAACCCUGAAAACACAUAUAUCACAAGACCAUACGUUGCUUCACGAUUCAACAAUAUCAACCAACAAUUGAAACAGCAUCGUUUGGAGACAUUAGCUAACUUACGCAAGUUACGUAAGUUAACUAUAUGGGAACUAGAGAAACAAAGAGAAGAACAUGUCGAAGUAUACGAAGAAUGGGGGGACGUCAUGGUUACUGAAUGGUCCAAACGAAUGGCCUACGGUGAUGUUCAUGGUGGCAACGACAAUCGUUUCGAAUUAGAUAAAUGGGGCCAUUUCAAAAGACUCAGGGAAAGUAUAAUCUCGAUGAGAGACAACCUGGCACAAGAACCGGUAUUUCAGGACAACCUAGUCCAUUACACGAGGGACACAUUGGCUCAAUUGAAUCACAGACUCAACAUAUACCACACAAGAAUAGCACAGCUCUUGCAACAGGCAAACAGCAACUUCGAGCAACGAGACCUCAGGGAACGUAAUGUGGUCUCCAACCUGGCAGACACCAUCACCAACGAACUGAUCUAA